AUGGGAUCGCAAAUUGUACGAAUCUUUAGACAAGGAGUGUGGGCAUCAUUGACCGGUGGUUGGUUCUAUGAUCCUCAUCAUGACAUCUUUACAAAUACUGUUCAUAUGUAUUCCUGGCUCUUUUUCCUAUGCUUCCCAUUAACGUUAUACAUCAUUAUUGCUACUGGAUGGGCUGCUUUACUUGUUUACUGUUGUACUAUUACUGCAACAUUUGCCGUUGUAAAAGUAAUUAAUUAUAGGGUUCAUCUAUCAUUCGAUAAAAAAGCAAAAGAGGAUGAAUCAAAUAAGCAGGUAUAA